AUGUCAAAAUCAGAAUCUAUCCCAAGACUUCUCGACUCAUUCACCGAGAAAUGGUCCCCUCGCCUUGUCGCUGCAGUCAACGACCACCAUGUCAAAGUUGCCAAAGUAGACGGCGAGUUCAUCUGGCACUCACAUCCAAACUCGGACGAACUAUUUUAUCUCCUGGCCGGCAAGUUGACUAUCGAGCUCGAGGGCCUGGAUGAUGUGGUGAUGCAAGUUGGGGACAUGUUUGUGGUUCCAAAGGGCGUCAGACACCGCCCUGUUGCCGAGGAGGCGUCCAUCAUGAUGGUGGAGCAUGAGUCUACAAUCAAUACUGGAGAUGAAACUAGCUCAGAAAGAACAAAACAGGUCGAGGAUGCUCGUGGGCAGUAUUGA